GGUGUUAGGAUGUUGGCGUGCUGCAACAGUGCUAUAAGCAUCUUAAUAAGACGUAAAAUUCGAUCCGAAAAUUCGAAAUGUUUACCUGAACCAAACAUAAAAAAUCCAAUCCGAAGUUAAUUUGGAUUGAAUUCGGAUUGAAUUUUACAAAAUCCCAAAUUAUAAUUUGAAAUGUGCUAAAUCCUAUCCGAUCCGACCGAUGAACAAGCAUAGCUUUUAUCUGGCUGGCUAAUUAUUCGAUUGAUGUGGCACCUUCUAUAAAUGAGGAUUGCUAUUUAUUUCCCCCUUCUUUUGACCUUUUUUUUUUUUUUUUUUUUUUUUCAUUUAGGAUUGCGAUUUAACUUCUCAAAAAUCGUGUUCUUCUUCCAAAAAAAAAAAGAGAGAGAGAGUGGAAUCGUUGCAGCAUUUAAUAAAAAUAACAGUGGUAGUCGAAAGGACGCAAUAGUGGGAAGGUUACCACCGUGAUUAUUAAUAAUAAUACUCCACCCUAAUCUUUUCACCCAUUUCUCUCUUCAUAAAGCAUAGUACAAACAGCAUACAUAUAUCCAGCAAACAACAAUUUACGGGUUCCGUAACCCUUAAAUAUAUUUGAAUGGCAGGUUUAAGUAGAGGAAGCACAAUUAUCCAGCAAAAUCUGAAGAUAACUCAGUUAGGAAAAAGGGGACAAAUUGAUGAAGCCAUUAAAGUCUUCAACAGAAUUACACGCCCUAAUACCGUCACUUACAAUUCUAUGAUUUCUGCCUAUGCCAAAAAUGGUAGAAUCAUCAAUGCACGCAACCUGUUCGACAAAAUGCACUUCAAAAAUUUAAUCACUUGGAAUACAAUGAUCAAUGGGUAUUUGUUUAAUGGCCAAGUUGAUAAAGCAUGUGAACUGUUUGAUAAAAUGCCACAGAGAGACCAUUUUACUUAUGCAUUGAUGAUAACUUGUUAUGCGCGUAGUGGGGAGCUUGAAAAGGCUAGAAAUGUGUUUGAGUUACUUCCUGAUAAGAGUAAUAUUGCUUGCUGGAACGCGAUGAUUACAGGGUAUGCGAAAGCUGGAAGGUUAGAUGAUGCAAGGCAAAUGUUUGAUUGUAUGCCAAGAAAGAAUUUAGUGUCAUGGAAUUCGAUGCUUUCGGGAUAUACCAAGAAUGGGGAAAUGCAAUUUGGAUUGAAAUUUUUUGAGGAUAUGGAAGAGAAGGACGUCGUUUCUUGGAAUUUAUUGUUGGAUGGGUUUAUUGAGUUUGGGGAUUUGGAUUCUGCUGAAGAGGUUUUCGCGAAGAUUCCUAAUCCGAAUGUUGUUUCUUGGGUGACAAUGCUGAGUGGAUUUGCAAGAUAUGGGAUGGUAUUGGAGGCUGAAAUGAUUUUUGACCAAAUGCCGGAGAAAAAUGAGGUUGCUUGGAAUGCCAUGUUAGGUGCAUAUGUCCAGAAUGGCAAAAUUGAGAUGGCUACUUCGUUAUUUAGUAGGAUGUCUCAGAGAAGUGCUGUGGCUUAUACAACCAUGAUUGAUGGUUAUUUUCGUGCUGGAAAGGUCGAAGAAGCAAGGGAUUUGUUGGAUCAAAUGCCAUACAAAAAUGUUGGUGCACGAACAGCGAUGAUUUCAGGGUACAUCCAAAAUAAUAGGGUGGAUGAAGCUCGUCGGGUAUUUGAUCGAACAACUAUUCGUGAUGUUGUUUGUUGGAAUACAAUGAUUGCAGGCUACACUCAAUGUGGGCGGAUUGAUGAAGCUUUUGAUCUAUUUGAAAAGAUGGAACCUAAGAGCAUAGUUGUUUGGAAUACCAUGAUAGCAGGUUAUGCUCAAGUGGGACAAAUGGAGAAAGCACUUGAGAUAGUUGAGAAUAUGGGAGAAAGGAAUGUAAUUUCUUGGAAUUCUCUAAUUUCAGGUUAUACCCAAAAUGGUUUUUAUGUAGAUGCACUUAAAUAUUUUAUGAUGAUGAUACGUGAUGGCAAGAAACCCGAUCGUUCUACUUUUGCUUCAGCAUUAAGUUCCUGUUCCAAUCUUGCAGCUGAACGUUUAGGUAAGCAACUUCACCAAGCGGUUAUAAAAACUGGUUAUGUGAAAAACUUAUCAGUUUGUAACGCUAUAGUCAUUAUGUAUGCAAAGUGUGGAAAGAUCUUUGAUGCAGAAAAGAUGUUUGGAGAUAUUGACAAUGCUGAUGUUAUAUCCUGGAAUUCUUUGCUUUCUGGAUAUGCUUUAAAUGGAUGUGGGAAGGAGGCUGUCAAACUUUUUCAAGAGAUGGAAGAUAUAGAAGUCGUUCCUGAUGAAGUCACGUUUGUUAGUGUUUUAUCUGCAUGUAAGCACGCUGGCUUGAGUGAUACUGGUGCAAAUUUGUUUGAGCACAUGACCAAAAAGUAUUCUAUCACUCCUUCAUCGGAACAUUAUGCUUGCAUGGUUGACUUACUUGGGCGAGCGGGGAGGUUAGAAGAAGCUUUCCUUUUAAUAAAGGAAAUGAAAACAAAUGUUACGGCCGAAAUGUGGGGUGCCCUAUUUGGGGCUUGUCGCUUGCAUAACAAUAUAAAGAUCGCUGGCUGUGCUGUUGAGAAGCUUCUUGAACUUGAACCCCAUACAUCUACAAAUCUGGUUGUCUUAUCAAACAUGUAUGCUGAACUAGGAAGAUGGGGUGAUGUGGAGAGAGUUAGGGAAACAAUAAAAAAGAGUGGAGCAGGCAGACUACCAGGAUGCAGCUGGCUUGAGGAUAGGAAUCAGUUGCUUGUUUUUCUUUGUGGUGAUGAUACUUCAGCGCAGGCAGUGGAGAACUUCAAUGUUUUAUUCACUUUAACUGCACAAAUGAUGGAUAUGGGCCAUGGCUGCAAGGUGGCUUUGCAGGACUCUAUGGCAGAUGCGAAAAUCACUUCAACGUCUGGAAAUCUUUUGCAUCUGCAACAGAAGGCAUGCAGAGCUGGAAUGGAAUUCUGCAAGAUAUAACCAGAAGAGUGAAGCGAAAACUUGCUUAUGAGGUAACUGCUGUUGUCUAGAUAUAUGGUUGGUGCAGAUCUUCACAGUGAUUAUAUGAUAAAGCAGCUGAUAACCAUGAAGGCGUGAACGGUGCAUUGGUGUUGUCAGCCGCAGAUAAUGACCGGGUGAAGUUGCAAGGGAAGUUUCUUCUAAAUGACUCCCGAUCUCAGGUUGCAGUCUUUCUAGAAGGUCCAUGUCCAGUCGCGGAUAUCCUCCUUAAUGGUUUAGUCAUAAAGCAUGCAUCUAAAGCUCCUCCUCCACCAGUAAUUGAGGUUAGUCGAAUCACUUUCAAAAUCUGGAAGUUGUUUUUUUCCUCCUUUUUAAACAAAUUUACUUUGGGCUUGAUGAUAGGAUAUUAAUAGAGAAACUUGAAGCCUAAUAUUUUCUGAGAGUGUUAGGUUAUGCCGCUUAAGGUAGCUAGCUGACAAUUGAACUAUUUGAUCUGUUUAGACAUUAGAUACUUUCAUGCUUCUCCAACCAUUACCUCUCUGUACGGCAUUCAGCACACUUUAUUUCAUUUUUUUAAAUCUCUUUUAGGAUGAUGAUUUUGGUGUUAAUAUAUGAAUGAUGGAACAAAUGGCUGGUUCCCCCACUUGAAACUGUACAAUGAACGUUCAAGGGACUGAGGGAGCAAUAAGACGGGAUCUGCACUUAUAUACAUAAUUGUUGAAAUGUGUUUGAUUUCUUUUAAACUUUUGUACGAGCUUGCUGGGCAUUUUCAGCAUGUGCAGCCAUGGAGGGAAUAAAUGCGAUAGUCACCGGUGAAGUUAUUAGUCUUUCUGCGCAAGAACUUACUUAUUGAUUGUGAUAAUUCAAACAAUAAUGGCUGUGAAGGUGGACUUAAGAACCCUGCUUUUGAAUGGGUGAUCAACAAUGGCGGCAUUGUUCAGCAGCUGAUUAUCCAUACACUGCCUCUCAAGGCACACUUGCAAUUACAA